AGUAACCACGGCAACAGGAGAACAGCUGCCCGUGCCUGAGACAGAGGAGGAGGAGGAGGAGGAAGAGCAGGAGGAGAGCCUGACAGAAAAGCAGCAGGGGGAACCGGCUCGGGCGGUUGUCGAUGCCGACCCAGGCCCCGCCCCCAGCCCGGCUCCCGACUCCUCCAGGAGCCCUGCAGCGCCCGCGGACGCGCCUUCCGGACUGAGCAACGGGACCGCCGUGGCCCCCCCGCCCUCCGGGCCCCACGGCCCCCCCGAGGCCCCCUCCUCUCGGCGGCAGGAGCUCCGCCUCCCGAACGGCCUGGGCCCCGUGCCGAGCAGCCCCGUCGUCACGGAAACAACCCCCGCAGACGCACGGACGGGUCCGCACCCUCCCCCAGGGGAAGAGGAGGCCCCUGACAGGACCGCCCCUGUGCAAGGUGAGCACGCCUCAGAGUCCGCGCCCACAGGAAGGAGGAAGGAGGCGCAGGAGGAGCCGAACAGGGAGGAGCAGAUGGGAGGCGUCCUGGAGGCCUUUAAAGAGGAGCAGGCAGUGGAGGGUCCUUCUGAGUUGGAGCAGGCCCAAGCAGACGUGCCUCAUGACCAGCCUGCCAUGCCGACCAGCAAGCACCUCCCUUCCUCGCCCACCAGCGAGCCCAGCCCUGCCACACCCACCAGCAAGCACCUCCCUUCCUCGCCCACCAGCGUGCCCAGCCCUGCCACGCCCACCAGCGAUCCUCGCCCUGCCACGCCCACAAGCGAUCCCAGCCCUGCCACGCCCACCUUAGAGCCCCGCCCUGCCACGCCCGCUGGGGAGCCAGACGAGGAGGAAAAGCAGGACCCCGGCAGCCUAAAACCCGAGGCCCUCAAGCUUGGAGACCUGAAAUAUCAGUACAAAAGAGAACAGUGGAAACCCAUCGACCAGGAGGAGAAGAAGAGGUACGACCGUGAGUUCCUGCUGGGCUUCCAGUUCGCCGGCGUCAGCAUGCACAAGCCUGAGGGGCUGCCGCACAUCAGCGACGUGGUUCUGGACAAGGCACACAGGACCCCCCUGCGCCCCGUGGACCCCAGCCGUAUGACGGGCAUGAGCUGUGGUCCAGACUUUACCCCCUCCUUCGCCAACCUGGGCAGGCAGCCCACGGGCAGCCGAGCCCCGCCCCCUGGGAUGGGCGGAGGCCGCCGGUCGCAGCAGGGCCAGCGGAAGGAGCCGCCGCGGAAGAUCAUCGCCAGCGUGUCGCUCAGCGAAGACGUGCAGCUCAACCGGGCAGACAAGGCCUGGAAGCCGUCCGCCCGGAAGGGGGCGGGGCCUGGGCCGGGGGCGGGGCCGGGGCCAGGCGGGCGGGGCCAGGAGGACCCCGACGCGGCCCGCACGCAGGAGCUCUUCCGCCAGGUGCGCAGCGUCCUGAACAAGCUGACGCCCCAGAUGUUCCAGCCGCUGAUGAAGCAGGUGAGCGAGCUGGCCAUCGACACCACGGAGCGGCUCAAGGGCGUCAUCGACCUGGUCUUCGAGAAGGCCAUCUCCGAGCCCAACUUCUCCGUCGCCUACGCCAACAUGUGCCGCUGCCUCACGGGGCUGAAAGUCCCGACCGCGGAGAAGCAGACGGUCACGGUGAACUUCCGCAAGCUGCUUCUGAACCGCUGCCAGAUGGAGUUUGAGAAGGACAAGGACAACGACCAGAUCUUUGAGCAGAAGCAGAAGGAGAUGGAGGCCGCUGCCACGGAGGAGGAGAAGCAGCGGUUGAAGGAGGAGCUGGAGGAGGCCAGGGAACAGGCCCGGAGACGGUCGCUGGGCAACAUCAAGUUCAUCGGGGAGCUGUUCAAGCUGAAGAUGCUGACGGAGGCCAUCAUGCACGACUGCGUGGUGAAGCUGCUCAAGAGCCACGACGAGGAGUCCCUGGAGUGCCUGUGCCGCCUGCUCACCACCAUCGGCAAGGACCUGGACUUCCAGAAGGCCAAGCCCCGCAUGGAUCAGUACUUCACCCAGAUGGAGAAAAUAAUCAAGGAGAGGAAGACCUCGUCCCGAAUCCGAUUUAUGCUGCAGGACGUGCUGGACCUCCGACAGAACAGCUGGGUUCCCAGGAGGAGCGACCAGGGCCCCAAGACCAUCCAGCAGAUCCACAAGGAGGCGGAGCUGGAAGAGCAGCGGGAGCAGGUCAAAGUUCAGCAGCAGCUCCUGUCCAAGAAGGACAUGCGCGGAGGCGGGGCCGGGCCUGGGGGCGGGGUCAGAGGCGGGCCGCACGCCGGGCCAGGGGGGCGUGGCCCCCAUCCCCAGGACGAGGGGUGGAACACCGUCCCCGUCUCCGCCAAAAGCCGGCCGAUCGACACCAGCAGGCUCAGCAAGAUCACCAAGCCAGGAACACUGGACUUCAACAACCAGCUUCUUGCCCCUGGGGGUAAAGGAACGUGGGGCAGUUGGGGCAAAGGCAGCAGUGGAGGAUCAGGAUUCAAACCCAGCGGGGAGGCUGCUCCGGAGUCGGGACGUCCCGCCACCAGCACCCUGAACCGCUUCUCUGCCCUGCAGCAGACCUCCUCCUCUCUGUCCCGCUCUGCCGAAAGCGACCCUAGGACCCCCCGGAGGAACAGCUCCAGCCGGGACCGCGGGGAUCGCGGUGACCGCGGCGACCGGUUCGAGCGGCCCGAGCGGCUGGUCCGCGGCGGCGACCGCGACCGCUCGGACAGGCCGGACCGCCAGCGGCUGCCCGUCACCAAGAGGAGCUACGGCAGGGAGGGGGAGCCGGGCGGGCCCCGAGAGGCCCUGCGCAGGGUGUCCAGCAUGACCGACGACCGGGGCAGCCGGGACCGGGGCAGUCGAGAUCGGGGGACCCAGGACCGGGGAAGUCGAGAUCGAGGGACCCAGGACCGGGGCAGUCGAGAUGGGGGGACCCAGGACCGGGGCAGUCGAGAUCGGGGGACCCACGACCGGGGCAGUCGAGAUCGGGGGACCCAGGACCGGGGCAGCCGGGACCGGGGCAGUCGAGAUCGGGGGACCCGGGACCGGGGCAGUCGAGAUCGGGGGACCCAGGACCGGGGCAGUCGAGAUCAGGGGACCCAGGACCGGGGCAGCACCCGAGAGAUGGCUCAGCAUGAGGCGGCCCCGAUGGCUCCGCCCACUUUGGCUCCGCCCAAGCCUGCGAUGAGCGAGGAGGACGUGGAGAGGAAGUCCAAGGCCAUCAUUGAGGAGUACCUGCAUAUCAACGAAAUGAAGGAGGCGCUGCAGUGUGUGCGGGAGAUGGACGCGCCUCAGCAGCUCUCCGUGUUUGUGAGGACCGGCGUGGAGUCCACGCUGGAGCGCAGUGCCAUCGCCCGGCAGCACAUGGGGCUGCUGCUGCACCAGCUGCUGAGGGCCGGGACCCUGCCCCCCCCGCAGUACUACAAGGGCCUACAGGAGAUCCUGGAGGUGGCCGAGGACAUGGCUAUCGACAUCCCCCACAUCUGGCUCUACCUGGCUGAGAUCAUCACCCCUGUGCUCCACGAGGGAGGCAUCCACAUGGGCCAGCUCUUCAGGGAGGUCUCCAAGCCGCUUCUCCCCCUGGGAAAGGCCGCUGUCCUGCUGGUGGAGAUUCUGCUCCUGUUGUGUAAAGGAAUGAGCCAUAAGAAGGCGGGGCUGCUUUGGAGGGAGGCGGGGCUCAGCUGGAGAGACUUCCUGCCGGAGGACGAGGACGUCAACAAAUUUGUCACCGACAAGAAGGUGGAGUUCACCCUGGGAGACGAUUUGGAGACGGCGAGCAGAAAGGGGCUGCCGCCUGCGCAGCUGCAGCAGCAGCUGGACGAGCUGAUCCUGCAGAAGGCCGACAACCAGAGGGUCUUCGAUUGGGUGGAGGCAAACCUCGACGAGCAGCAGGCCUCGUCCAACCAGCUGGUGCGCGCACUGAUGACUUCAGUCUGUCAGUCGGCCAUCAUCGGUGAGAACCCGUACAAGGUGGACGCUGAGCAGGUGACCCAGAGGGCCAAGCUGCUGCAGAAGUACCUGACGGACGAGCAGAAGGAGCUGCAGGCUCUCUACGCGCUUCAGGCCCUCAUGGUCAAAAUGGAGCAGCCAGCCAAUCUCCUGCGGAUGUUCUUCGACACGCUGUACGACGAGGAUGUGAUCAAGGAGGAGGCCUUCUACAGGUGGGAGUCCAGCAAGGACCCCGCCGAGCAGCAGGGCAAGGGCGUGGCCCUUAAGUCCGUCAUCGCCUUCUUCACCUGGCUCCGGGAGGCCGAGGAAGAGUCCGAUAACAGUUAGGCUGCCUGGAGGGCGCCCCCUGGAGGGUUGGGAUGGAACUGCAGGAGGAUGCACAGGGAGACGGAGAAAGUCCAAGAGAGGAGGGAGGGGGAUGAUCUUCCAGCUCAACAUGGCAAUCAUUACCUUCUUUUUUUUUUCUUUUUUUUUUUUACCCUCCCAGUUUAUUCUCCCCUACCCCUGGAAAACUUUCUUUGAAACGAAGCGAAAAUGACGAGGUUUCAUAACGCCGGACAGGCGUGUGAACUGCGAGAGCCGCUUGCUCCUGCGUUUCCCGGGCCGAUGGGCCCUGUUUCAGUGCUUAUCCGCUCACGCCAUUUCUGAAAUAUAUGCAUCCAGAAGAGGGGGGGGGGGCAAGGCGGGGCAGAGUAAGGAUCGCUCUUUCUUUUGAAUAUUUUGCGUGUUGUGUUCACGGGAACCCUGCUUUGGAUAUCAUGUUUUUUUUGUUUGUUUGUUUUUUUUUUUUUUUCAUCUUUGAUGACGCUGGGGGUGGGUGGGGUCCUGAGCUCUGAACACUUAGUGCUUUUUGUGCUUUCCUGCCCCCCCCCGGAUGCCCGAACGGUCGUCCCGCUGCCCGCUGGAGCGUGAUAAUGGCGACCAGGUGGAGGCCGACCCAUUUCAAACCGCUUAUUUUCAGCUUCCUGAUAAACCCAAGGUGAACCGGCCCAAGUGGGUUCAAGUGGAUUUUGAACUUGGUUUGGGGGGGCAGGGGCUGAAGGUGCUCCAUUUUUGCCCCUCCCAUUCCUUUUUACCUUUUGGCCUUUUACCUUUUACUCCUCCGUUCAAAUGAGCCUGCGGUGGAGUUUUUUAAAAGCUGAGCGUCGUUUAAAACACUUGAAGUCGCAUUGAGAAAUAAACGUUUAAAAUGUGCGAAAGAAAAAAGUUCAAAUCGUAAGAAAAAAGCCUUUCUGCUUCUGUGAGUGAACGCGCGGAGCAGGCCUAUUCUGUAAAUGUUUUCGUCUGUUUUAUUUUCCAGAAAUAAAAAUGCUGUUGUGAUGAUG